GCUCGGACUGAAGCAUGGGUUCAUCCGCCGCUCUUCGCCUCGUCGCAGUGUCUGGGUGUCUGUUGUUGUUUUGCGGCUCUUCGUGGGGAAAUAACGCCACGGUCCCUCUAGUGAUAUGGCACGGAAUGGGAGACAGUUGUUGCAAUCCACUGAGCAUGGGUGCGAUGAAGAAGAUGAUUGAAGAGGAAGUUCCAGGGAUAUAUGUGAUUUCCCUGAUGAUAGGCAAGACCGUAAUAGAGGACACUGAAAAUGGCUUCUUCAUGGAUGUUAACAAGCAGGUGUCUUUGGUGUGUGAUCAGCUGUCUCAGGACCUUAAGCUGAAGGGAGGCUAUAACGCGAUGGGCUUCUCCCAGGGGUCGCAGUUUCUCCGGGCGGUUGCACAGCGCUGUCCAGCCCCAAUGAAGAACCUCAUCUCAGUCGGUGGGCAGCAUCAAGGAGUAUUCGGUCUCCCACGGUGCCCUGGAGAAAGCUCUCAUAUCUGUGACUGGAUUCGCAAGAUGUUAAACUCGGGAGCCUACACUGAUGCAGUUCAAAAACACUUGGUGCAGGCGCAGUACUGGCACGAUCCACUCAGUGAUGACUUGUAUAAAAAGCACAGCCUGUUUCUUGCUGAUAUCAACCAAGAGCGGGUGGUGAAUGAGACCUACAAGAAAAAUCUGAUGUCUCUGAAUAAGUUUGUCAUGGUUAAGUUCCUGCAGGACACUAUGGUAGAUCCCGUGGACUCCGAGUGGUUUGGCUUCUAUAAACCUGGUCAAGCUAAAGAGCUGGAAACACUGCAGGAAAGUGCAAUUUAUACAGAGGAUCGUCUGGGUUUGGCAGAGAUGAAUUCUGCAGGGAAGCUUGUGUUCCUCGCCACUGAUGGAGAUCACCUGCAGUUCACCCGAGAAUGGUUUAAUGGCAAUUUACUUCCCUACCUACGUUAAAUAUAGUAACCGGCUUAUUCCCUUUAUGAGAGAGUUUACACACACACACACACACACACACACACACAAUGUGUGCUGACUUUAGCACGCUUCUAACUUUUGCCUUUGAGUCUUACAAAAGUGAAGCCAGUCUCGCUUGUUUUAUUGCACUGAUCUUGAUUUUUAUUUGAUUGAUUUAAUCAGAACAUCUUUGUUACACUCCAGAUUUUAAUUAGUUCUAAUUGUCAUUUCAUUUUUGUUAGAGAAUAAAACUUUGAAUCGUACAAA